AUGGAUCCAACUAGCAGACGCGUUCCAGUAGACAAGCGGAAACGCACAGAAACGAGUUGCGACAAAUGUAAAGCGAGGAAACAGAAAUGCGACCGGCUUCUGAACGAGGCACAAUGCAGAUACUGCGAACUUCACGGCUACACAUGCACGACCACCGCUCUCCGGAAGAGGAGAGCCUACGGCUUGGAAGGCAUGGGAAGUCGAAUUACGCUGCUCGAAUCCCUCGUCAAAGGUCUCCUACCCGAGGCCAACCUGUCCAGCAUAGAUGAGAUACAACACGUUGGGGCCUCGCUGGGCAUUCCUUUGCCUGCAUUGGAAGACAACAUCCUGACAGAAAAUGCUCAGGGUACAAGAGGUCAGGGAACCGAUGACGACGACGAGGAAGCGACCGUCGAAGUGAUCCCAGAUCAACAGAACCAAACCCAAUAUGUCGGCCCAUCCAGCUCCUUCCUGUUCCAUCUGAAGUUGCGGCGGAUGCUUGGGGCAUACUCAAUAUUCAAAUUCGCCCUGUUCGGCAACAAUGCAGCAGACCAGAUAGCAGAGCCUCCCAGAGAUGUCGAGUCGAGUCAUAAUGCUCGCCGCGAGUCUGCCAGUGUGGCAACGGAUUGUUCGUCACCAGCCGACGCCGUCCGAGAGAUUGAUGAGGCAGUCAUCGAAGCGCUCAUGGACGCUUACUUCGAAGUUAUCCAUCCCGACUUCCCUGUCAUCCAUGAGGCUUCAUUCCGAGCCUCGUAUGAGGCUUGGGCCGCUUCGAAUUCGACUGCCGACCCUGCGUGGCUGUGCGGCGCGCUUUGCAUCCUCAUACUAUCCCGUCGCGUUGCGCCAAUUGAGAUACCAGAGGAAGCAGAGAAGAAAUGGUGGAGACACGUCCAAGCCUUACUGCCUACGGUGAUAUUCAGUUCCAACAUCUCUACCAUCCAGGCGCUCAUGCUCGCCGCUCUACACCUUCACAAUACCAAUCACCGCGAUGCGUGUUGGAACCUCACGGGAGCCGCUGUUCGAGUAGCCCAUGCCAUAGGCAUGCACCGGGACGACAUCAAGCAGACACAGAAUCGGCUCAACCGAGAACUGCGAAGGCUCGUAUGGUGGACACUUUACGCAUUUGAGCAAAUGCAGGUAUCAUCCUAUGACCGACCCAGUGCAAUUGCCCACGUCGCCAGUACCGUCGACUGUCCCAACGAACGCAUCGUAGGAAAUGCAGGCGCCUUCCCACCGGAUUUCGCCCUAUGGUCCCGCAAAUUGACGGUCAUCCUCGGCAUGGCCUGCAAAGCACUAAACCCCGGCAACGGCGGUGCCCCUUCUCCCGAAGAUGCUUACAGCCGACCUCUGUCGCCGACCGCGACUAUCCUGCGAGAUCUGGCGCGGUGGAAGCAAGGUCUACCUACACAUUUGCGAGUCGAAGUCCUUGACUCCCUUGCGCCCUCGACCCAGCGACCGCUCAUUCUCCUCCAUGUACAAUAUUACUACAUCCUCGUCCUCGUGACCCGGACCGCCCUGUUACGCCACGCGAACAUCAUCGUGCAGAACAAAAAAGCUGAUCAACAAGCCGUGCCGCCGGCGUUAGUGAUGGUCUCUGACACGAGUAUCGACGCUGGUCGCUCCCUGGGCCAGCUGCUGCGCAGACUAGAUUCGAUCCACAGGUUCAAUGCCGUCACAUGGUUUGAUGUGUUCUACCUCGUCGCCGCCGCUUUGGUCCUGGUUCUCGACCUCCGCAUCAACAGAGGUGAAGCCACCGCCAGCUCGACGACGUCUGAAUCGAGACUGCUUUUACAAGAUCUCGCGAGCCUGGCAAGCAAGCAUAUGCAGAAUCAUCGGAUGCCCGGGUCGAUGCGAGCACUGGCCCAGAUUGUCGUGGAUGUCAAUUCGACUGCGGAACAGUUCACGUCGUCUACAUCCACCGCCACUGGCGCCGCGGCCGCCGUCACGGCAGAAGUGCAACAACAACCACAACAGUCAUUGGCAGGCACAAGUGCGGCCGACGGGGAACCGCAAAUGGGAGGCCGUGGUCUUCUGAGCCAGGGUCAGAGAUUUGCUGCAAGUGGGACUAAUUCUCCCGCGCCCACUGAAUCAGGUUCGCCAUUUGAAUCACAGGUUCUACCACAGCAUGAUCAUAACAAUCUUCUGGCUACGGCGCCACUGGAGUUCCAUCGACCAACGACGGCACCCGGCAGUGGGAAAGUAUUAGACUCGAUUCGCAGUCGUGCUUACGAUUCCGAGUUUUGGGCCCAGUUUUCCUUUAUGGAUGAAGUCGACACUGGCAAUGGAGUGCAGGACUGGGUGUGGGAUGAUAUUGGAACAAUUGUUCGAGGGGGUUAG